UCGGGUGUGUUGUUAUCUGGCACGAAACUCUUUCUUGGAACACCCAACUUCUCCGACGCCUAACCCUUUAUCAUCGAUUUCUUCUAUCUUCUGCGUUGUCACCAGCUCCGGUUCCAUUCACAGAGUUUUGAAGAAUAAAAUAAUGAAAAUGGAGUUACAGCCGAAGAUAGCUUUAAGUGGGUGCAGCCAUUCGUUUUAGACAUUUCUUUGUGAGGCUGUAGAAGGAACAUGCAUUAGUGCCUGUAAAUUGGGAUAAAAGUCUGAUUCUAGGCUGCUGCUAUGGCUACCACCAAGGUCUAUAUAGUAUAUUACUCCCUACAUGGACAUGUGGAGAUAAUGGCAAGGGAAGUGCAGCGAGGAGCUAAUGCAGUUCAAGGUGUUGAAGCAACACUUUGGCAGGUACCUGAGACACUUUCCAACACCAUACUGCAAAAGAUGAAGGCCCCUUCAAAAGCGAAUGAUGUAGCAGAGAUCAGGCCAGAUCAACUUUUGGAAGCUGAUGGUUUAAUUUUUGGGUUUCCUUCUCGUUUUGGCGUGAUGGCAGCCCAGUUUAAGGCCUUCUUCGAUGCCACUGAUGAGCUAUGGGCAUCCCAAGCACUUGCUGGCAAACCUGCCGGAAUCUUCUGGAGCACUGGUUUUCAUGGGGGUGGCCAGGAACUUACUGCACUCACAGCUAUAACACAGUUAGCACAUCAUGGUAUGAUAUACGUUCCUCUUGGCUACACGUUUGGGAGUGGCAUGUUUGAGAUGAAUGAGGUGAAAGGUGGCUCUUCUUAUGGUGCUGGAACUUACGCAGGAGAUGGAUCUCGACAACCUACCGAGCUAGAACUCCAGCAGGCCUUUUACCAGGGUAAAUAUACGGCAGAGAUAACUAAAAAGCUGAGUAACCGCCCCUUGCCUGCAUAACAGACAUAAUACCUAUUCAAGAUGAUGUAAAGUGUAAUGAAACUUUCACCAGAAAUUAAUGAAGACGAUUGAUAUUCACUUGUACAACACAAAAGCCUUUGUCGCCAACGACGCCGACUGUCUUAGCAAAAGCAUGUGUUGCUUAAGCAGAAAAAGGUUUGAUAAUUUCUUGGUGGAUGGAAAAUGCUCUAGACAGAGACAUACCAUUAGAAAAUUGUAAAUGUGUACCAAUUCUUGUGAAUAAGGUGUAAUUGGAGGCCGAAACCUUGUUAUCUGCAUGCAUUAUGUGCAUUAUCUGCAUUGAUGAGUUUUAGGAUGGUUUUAUGAUUUUA